AUGGAUACCACCCCUGGUUUUGUUAACCUUCUCAAUAACCAGUCGUCUUUUAGCCUUGAUUCACCCGAACCAAUUUGGUUUAGUACAGAGCAGUCCAUACCCAUGGAUACACCCCCUGUUUCUGAGCAGUCUUCAAGCAAGGAGAGGAGGAAAUGGUCUAUCAAAGAGGAUAGAAUCCUCAUAAGCGCUUGGCUUAACACGAGUAAAGACUCUGUGGUCGGUAAUGAGCAGAAGGCGACUCAUUUCUGGAGGAGGAUUGUAGAGUACUACAACUCAAGCCCUCAGCUGGUCGGGACAAUACCGAGAGAGCUUGGUCAGUGCAAGCAAAGGUGGGCUCGGAUUAACGAUCUGGUUUGCAAGUUUGUUGGGAGCUAUGAAGCGGCCUUGAGGGAGCAGAGAAGUGGGAAAAAUGAUGAUGACGUGAUGAAAGCUGCCCUCGAUAUCUUCUUCAAUGACUACUCCAUCAAGUUCACACUCGAACAUGCGUGGAGGGAGCUGAGGCAUGACAAGAAAUGGUGCUCCGCCUUUCUCUUUAAGGACAAGCGUAAACAACCGGUAGAGGUUGAUGGAGAAGAUGCGGUGGCAGCAGGAGAGGCUAGACUUAUAGGUGUCAAGGCUACUAAAGCUUCUAUCAAGCGGAAGAAAAGUGGAAGAGAAGAGGAGUUGGAGAAGAUUCAAUGCAUUAUGGAAAUGAAAGAGAAGAUAUCUAAACGCAAAGUAGUACAAGGUCACGGGUGUGAAAGGAAGUCACGGGUCUGUUUUGUUGUUUUCCCAUUCACGGGUGUGAAGGAAGUCACGGGUGUCAAGUUUCACUUCUAUAAGUGA